CGCUGUCACAGCCGCUUCCUCUAUAAAGGGACUCAAGCUCCCUCUGGGCCCAGGCCCGCACAGCAGGCUCUCCCCAUGUCACCACCUGGACGCCUCUACCUCCCGAGGGUGCAUGGCGCCUCCCUCCUCUUCCUCCUGGGGCUGCUGCCCGCCCUGCUGCUGCUUGGGGCCCAGGGACUCCCCGGUGCCGGCCUCCCACCCUCAUCUGCCCACACUGUCCGGAGGCACCUGGGCUAUGGCUCCCUCAAACCUGCAGCUCACCUCGUUGGAGACCCCAGAACCAAGAGCUGGCUGCGCUGGCGAGCAAACUCGGACCAGGGCUUCCUCCUCAACGGCUUCUCUCUGAGCAACAACUCCCUCCUGGUCCCCACCAGCGGCCUGUACUUCGUGUACUCCCAGGUGGUCUUCUCGGGGCAGAGCCACUCUCCCAAGCCCCUCUACCUGAGCCACGAGGUCCAGGUCCACACCUCCAGGUACUCCUCCCGCCUGCCUCUGCUCAGCACCCAUAAGAACGUGGACCCAGGCCCUGAGGGGCACUGGAUGCGCUCCAUGUACCAGGGCGCCGUGUUCCUGCUCACCAAGGGCGACCAGCUGUCCACGCACACCGAAGGCCUCCCCUACCUCUUCCUCAGCCCCAGUAGCGUCUUCUUCGGAGCGUUUGCUCUGUAGAGCUUGGAAAAACUCAAAAAGGAAAAGAAUUUUAGGUUUCAGGGCCUCCUCGCCACUUUGCCUCCAUUCUGACUGUUGGAGGGGCACCCCCCCUUGCCCCUCGCAGCAGCU